AUGUCAACAGCACCUAUCGAUAGUGGUGGAUCAGGUGGUGGUAUUAAUCGAAUUCUUUCACAUUUAUCAACGCCUUUUACUUCUAAUACUACAAGUAGUAAUAUUACUGAAAAUCGUGUAACUCCAUCAACGGCAUCAUCAACAAUACCAAUAACAACAGCAGAAACAACUGAAACAAUUGAGAUAACAUGGAUUGAUGUAUAUAAUCGUUUUGAUAGUUUAUUAUCUGGUAGUAUACUGCAUAUUCUAUAUCGUAUUAUUGAUAUAACACUUUUAUUAAUUGGUUUAACAUCAAGUUCAUCAGCAUGUAAAAUAUCAAAUCAUUUAGCUAUAACAUCAAUAUGUUUAUUAAUAUUUUAUUUUAUUGACUUAGCAAUAAUUUUUCUAUUAUUAGUACGUAAUUUAUCUUCACGUAGUUCACAAUUGACUGAACAAGAAAAAUUAGAACAAGCACGUCGUGCAUCAUCUUUACGUGGAUUUUUUAUAUUUUUUAAAAUUAUUCCAGUAUGUGUUGGUACUGCAUAUACAUUUGCAUCAGCAUUUACGGAUUCAUCUGACUGUCAAUUAAUGCGUGUUUGUCUUGGUAUUGUUUGUGUAAGUACAUGGUUACUUCUACUUAUACCACCAACAAAACCCGAAUUACCCGUACGGCGUUCAUUUGUUGUUGAAUGUUUUAUUCUUGUAUUUGUUUUAAUUAUUAAUUUAACAUAUAUUGGUACAGUAACAACAGCAAUGAACGAUGUUAAUCAAACAACAUGUAUAUAUAAUAAAACAGAAGAUUUAUAUUUAGGUGCACCAUUAAAAUCAUAUGCAUAUGUUGGAUUAAUUUUAUUUAGUUGUACAACAAUAAUACAUAUGAUAAAUUUAACUAUUAGUCAAUUAUGUUUACGUUUAACACGUGGAAGACAAAUAUAUAUAUAUUAUUAUGCAUUACAAUAUACUUUAAAUUAUUUUGGUGCAAUUGUUGUUAUUUAUUAUUUUUCAGUUGGAGCCUUGUUUUUAUUUCAACCACGUUCAGGUCAACCAUGUCGAAAUGAUGCACCACAUUUAUAUCGAACUUUAUUAAUAUGGGAAUGGAUUAGAUUAUUAUCCCCAUUAAUUGCUAUACCAUUAAUUAUUAUACUCUGUUGUUUAGGAGUAUUUUUUGGAAUUAUUUUAAGUUACUGUUUACCGGCGUCAAUUACUGUACCACUUCUAGAAUUAUUUCAAGGAUGGGUGUCAGCUGGACCAAUGACAAUGAAUCCGAAUCCACCAGCAUCUCAAGAACAUAUUGAUACUUUACCUGUGAUUUCAUUUGGACAAGAUUCUGAUCAAUUUAAUCAAACUGAUUGUGCCAUUUGUCGAACUAAUUUUGAACCAAAUGAACAAUUAAAAAAACUUCAAUGUGGACAUUUAUUUCAUCCAGAAUGUGUAACUAAUUGGUUACUGAUUACGCGUAUUUGUCCCAUAUGUCGCCAACGUAUGUCAGUGACAAAUCCAUAA